AGGGACAGUUUUGUCAAUUACUAGUCGACAUUAUUUCAGUAUUUACGUGAAAAACAAACUUUACUUAAUGACACUAGAAUUUCAUGAUCAAAGAUCGAGAAGGCGUUGAUUGGUUUUUGGCGAAGAACACACGGAACAGAGAGAAACACUGUGCAAACAAUUUGUUUCUAUACGUUUUGUCUUUUGGAUAAUAGAUUUUGGUAUGCCGGAAAAUCGGCGUGUUCAGAGGAAUAAUUCUUCCAUCUCAAAUUCUUCGUUGAAUCAUAACAUUGAAGAAGCUAUAAGGCGAUUGAGAAUUCACUCAGAUGGGAAAGAAGAUGAAACUGAUUCAACAGUGUAUCCAGAUCGACCUGGAGAACCCGAUUGUAUAUAUUAUUUAAGAACUGGAGCAUGUGGCUAUGGUGAUAAUUGUAGGUUUAAUCAUCCAACUUACAAUGCUCAGAUGAAUCAUCAUGGAGGUGACCUCCCAGAAAGAGUUGGAGAGCCAGAUUGUGUUUAUUUUUUGAAGACGGGUACUUGCAAAUACGGAUCGACAUGCAAAUACAAUCACCCCCGUGAUAGGCGUGGUUUAGGACCGGUCAUGUUAAACAUGGUCGGGCUACCUAUGCGACAGGACCAAAAAUCAUGUUCUCAUUAUCUACGAACCGGAUCAUGUAAAUUUGGAGUCACAUGCAAGUUCCACCAUCCACAACCACCGCUAGAACCAACAUCCCAUGGCGGUGGUCCACCACCAUGGCCAUAUCCGACCCCUCAAACUUACUUUCCGAUCAUGCUGCCGCCCUCUGCCGCCACCCAAGGGUGGAGCCCGGUUGGCCUUCCAUUGAGACCCGGUCAACCCGUGUGUUCGUAUUAUAGUCUUUAUGGGAUUUGCAAAUACGGGCCGGGUUGUAAAUAUGAUCACCCUAUGAUGGUAUAUUCAUACAAUUACGCCAUGGGGAUGAAUAUGAUGACAUCAUCAGUCCUCCCAUACGCAACAAGUAAUGGAAAGUUAUCUACAAAUGAUUCUUCUCAAUCUCAUUCCGAUUAA